AUGAUACAGCUGCUGGCCAAUGAUCUGCAGAGGCCAACAAAACGGUCAUCACCCCUUCCUGUAGCCUUACAGGUCAUGCUGGCUUUAAGGUUUUUUGCGUCUGGAACUUUCCAGAUGGUGCUAGGGGGCACUUUAGGUGUCAGCCAGUCCUCUGUGUGUAGAGUUGUGAGGGAUGUGGCAACUGCGCUGUGUGGGAGAGCAGGGAUGUUUAUCAAGUUCCCUACAACUGCAGCACAAUGCAUCACCAUCAAGCAGCAGUUUUCAGACAUUGCAGGUUUCCCAAAUGUGUUGGGGGCAGUUGAUGGGACCCACGUUGCAAUUAAAGCACCACAAGAGAAUGAGGAUUUGUACGUGAACAGGAAGCACUUUCAUUCCAUCAACGUCCAGGUAAUCUGUGAUGCAAAUCUGAAAGUGAUCGACCUUGUUGCAAAGUGGCCAGGGAGCACCCAUGACUCCUUCAUGUUCACCAAUUCCGGGACUGGCAUAAAAUUCAAUGAGGGAGAAAUGCCAGAUGGGUGGCUACUAGGUGACAGUGGCUACCCCCUGAGGCCGUGGCUCAUGACCCCAGUUCUGCACCCCGCUUCUGAGGCAGAAGAGCGUUACACCAGGGCACAACAAGAGGAAGAGGACGGCCUUAAUCGCCAGACAGGAUUGCAAGUGAGGCAGGAGCUCAUCCGACAAUGGUUUACAUAG